AUGGAUAACCUUGACAAGGCUAUCUUUUCCUUUAUGUUUGAUGAUGAUUCAGAUGAUGAACAUCAUCAGAGAGUGAUUGAAGCCAUUGUCCACCAUACUUCACAGGAGAAUGAAGCCACCAAACAUGGUGGGUCGGGAGUCGGUCGUGUGUACAAGAACCGUGAGAGGGAAGAUCGCCAUCGCAAUCUCAUGUCUGACUACUUCAUUGAAAGACCACAUUUUAAUGCUACUAACUUUCCUGACACAACCGACGAGUACUGUAGAUUGGUUGAAAGCACAGCUCUUGAGUCACUCCAAAAGUUUUGUUGCGCUGUUGAAGCCGUGUAUGGCCAAUGGUACCCCAGGUUUCCAAAUCCAGCUGACCUUUACAAGCUAUUGCACAAGGCAAGCAAUCGAGGCUUCCCAGAGGCUGUGGCCUCGUACGACACAUGGAUAUGGCAUGCCUUUUUUGGAGCCGCUGGAUCCAACAAUGAUAUCAACAUUUUAGCUUGUUCUCCAUUGUUCAAUGAUGUGGUACGUGGAGUGGCUCCUCAUGUUGAAUAUAUUGUCAAUGAAAAUCAAUACCAUUUGAGCUACUAUUUAGCAAAUGGGAUCUACCCCCAUUGGGCUACUUUGGUGAAGACCGUAUCUUCUCCUGAUAACCCAAAGAAGAGGCUUUUUGCACAAAUGCAAGAAGCGUACAAGAAGAAUGUUGAAAGAGAAUUUGGAAUACUACAGGCUCGAUGGGCUAUUGUUCGGGGCCCUGCAUGUAUGUGGUGCAAGGAUAACCUCCACUCAAUCAUGAUGACAUGUAUAAUUUUGCACAACAUGAUUGUGGAAGAUGAGUACGAAUAUGUUGAAGAGGAAUGUGAUGAUGAGGAUAUGUGUUCACAACGAUCCAGGAGGGCUAGAGCAAAACAAUAUGAGUUGGAGCCAAGCAUUACAUAUGAGUACCACCAAGAUAGGCAUACUCUCUCUGAUUACAUGAUUCGUCAUAAUAGAGUUCGAUCUCCACAUGUGCAUCAGAGUCUCCAAAAUGAUUUGAUCAAUCACCUUUAG